AUGAAAGAAAAGAGGCUGAAAGCAAGAAAGAGGAAGGAAAGAAAAGACAAGAAAGAAAAGAGGAAGAAGAAGUAUAAGAGAAGAAGAGAGUAAGAGGCGAAAGAAUAAGAGGAGGAAGAGAGAAUAAAGAGAAGAAAGAGAGAAGAGGAGAAGAAAGAGAGAAUGCGAGGAAAGAAAUGA